AUGGGAAGCGUUUUCGAGGUUCUACAUUUCUAUUUAAUAGAGCAGUUCAAUCCAUUUUGGUUUGUGACAGUCGUAGGGACUGGAAUUUCGUCAACCAUUUUGCACUCAUUCUUCUAUGAAAUUGAUGGACUAAGAUUUCUCUCCUAUGUGAUGUUUGGAAUAGCGUGCAAUUUGCUUGUAAUUAUGUUGGCGCUUCUCUUUGCAAACAUGCUAUUCGUCUGCAAAAGAGAAUCAUUUGAAUCUUAUUUUAACAUUUAUUUUCAAGAUUCGAGCAUCAGCGUAUUCUGGGGGUUGUUUCCAAUGGGAUUAGGAGUCCUCACCAAUUAUAUUUUUCAACUGUGUGAUAAUGAGCUAAAUGAUUUACAAACAGUGCGAGGACUGGUCUUAUUCGUUUACAUUCUAUGGUGGAUUGACAUAGGUCUUUCUCUCACAGUCACUUGGGGUGUAACUUUCUUAAUAUGGAGAAAGUGUAGUGCCUCAGUGACUAUGGAAAAUAUCCCCGCAAUACUGCUUCUGACAGUGAUCCCCUCCAUCACUGUAAGUUCCAGCGGAGGCACCUUCACCAUGAGCGAGCUUUUAUUUACAGCUACGAGUGAGAGUAUUCAGACGAUGACCCUUUUUGUGACAUGCUUGAUUUGGUUCAGUGCAUUCCUAUUAACAAUAGUUGUUUUAAAUUCGUACAUUUGGAACUUGUAUGUCAACAAAAUUCCUCCCUUCAAGCAAGUCUUUACCAUUUUCAUUCAGAUCGGACCUUUUGGACAGGCGAGCUUUGGAUUUUUACUUCUAACAAAUAAUAUCAAAAAGUACAUUGAACUAUACUAUCCUGUCAGCGAAUUUCCUCCAGAUGAUCGCAUAAACACUUUAGCGGUUAUUUGUUCAUUCAAAGUUUGUGGUGCGCUUGUGGCCCUCUUUUUGAUAGCAGCAGGUAUACUCUUCACUAUUAUAUCUGUACUAUCAGUCAUAUCUUACUCUUUCGCGCCAUCCAACUCUAGCAUAUUGGCUUUUCACAAAGGGUGGUGGGCAAUGCCUUUCCCCUUAGGUACCAUGGCACUUGCUACCGAAGAGUUUUAUAGACAGUAUGGACAGUAUGUCUCAGCAAAUGCCUUCCAUGUUUUAGGGGUUAUCUAUGGUUUUACCUGUUCGUUGCUGACUAUUUUCUGCCUUGCUGCGAGUGUCGUGGUAUAUUCUCGAGAUAUAGUUACGGUUCUAAAUGGAAAAAAAGAAGAUGAAUGUGUCUAA